AAGUGAAAACAAAACAAACAAAAGAGAAAACAGCUACCCAUAAAAGAACGAUCAACCCCGACAGAUAUCGCUUUCUCUCCGAACAAAACCAGUAUGGCUGCCUUCAGCGGCGACGAAACCGCUCCUUUCUUUGGCUUCCUUGGAGCCGCCGCCGCCCUCGUUUUUUCAUGCAUGGGUGCGGCGUACGGCACCGCGAAGAGCGGCGUGGGGGUGGCGUCGAUGGGAGUGAUGAGACCGGAGCUGGUAAUGAAAUCGAUCGUGCCUGUCGUGAUGGCUGGUGUGUUGGGGAUCUACGGUUUGAUUAUUGCGGUUAUCAUAAGUACGGGCAUUAACCCUAAGGCCAAAUCCUAUUACCUCUUCGACGGUUACGCGCACCUCUCUUCGGGUCUCGCUUGUGGCCUCGCUGGCCUCUCCGCCGGCAUGGCCAUCGGCAUCGUCGGCGACGCCGGUGUCAGGUAUUCAUCUUUUCAAUCCUUCCCUUUUCAUUAUGAACUGUUCUUCCUGUUGUUCGGAUCGAGUUAUUGCUACUGUUCUGUUUUCUUGUUGUUGGUUAGUUAUCAAAUACUGCGCAUGUGGGGGGGAGUCUGUGUAUACGGUUUUACUUUGUAAUAUUUUAUGUGAUGGACUGGUUGGUACCGGUAAUUCGAGCAUAACAUCUAAAGACAUAUUUUUUCACUUAUGUGGACUAGUUUUUCAGAGUGUUUUGUAUGAUCGUGACUUGCGAGUUUACAACCUGCAACACUAGAAUGAAGAAAUCAAGAAACAACUUUUGGGUCUUGUUAUGCUUAGUGAUGAACGCAUCUCAUUAUUUUUUUAUUUAUUGAACUUAUUAUUUCUACUUCUGGUGUUGUUACUACUAGUAUUACCGCUUUUGUUUGUGAUUUGUAAUAACUUAUUCCCUAUGUGUGUAUGCGAAAUUGAUUUCGAAUGAAAUUAAUUAUGCCAUAUUCAUAUUGGUUAUAAUUUAUUUUGAAGUUGUGUGAUUUGUAUUUGGAUUUUCAUUUGUUCUAAACGGAACUUAGUGGUAACACUAAGUACAAUAUUUUGUAUCAAAUGUUAAAGAUCAUUAAAGUUGUUUCAACUUGAAAUCAAUUAUGUUGCUGAUAACAAAAAAUAAAAAAAAACACUUAAAAUCAAUUCUUAGACCCAUAAUCAACUCCUUACGUGGAAAUUGUGAAAUUUACUUAAAAUCACGUUAGAUGCCAUUUCAACGUGAUUUUAAACAUGGAUGAUUCCAUGUGAAUCCAAUUAGCUUUGGUACCUGAUGUGAUAUUUUGACCCUCACCUCUGUGCAACCUACCACCACUGCUUUGGUACCAUCAAAAUAACUUCUCUCUACUCACAUUUUGGUGAAAGUUGUUGAUGUUUAGAUAUGUUUGUGUGUGCGUAUUGUCAACUAAGUUUCAUUUCCAUAUAUGCUGCAAUCCUUGAAUUCAUUUAUGAAUCCAAAAUCACAAUGGCCUUUUAAAUAUCGCAAUUUGGAGAGAUGGAAUGUGGUGGAAUGUUGAAGACUCCUUUAGCAUAUAAUUGGCAGAAGGAAUGUGUGGUCGAGCAAUUUGUGAGAAUUUUCUUUGAUCUACUAAUUAGUGUCUUAUCAGUUGAAGAUAAACGGUUACCAAGUUGCUAGUGAUGGGUGCAAGAGAUCUCAUCGGGUUGCUGUUAUAAAGAUUGAAUGUUUCGAUGUCUUUAUUGUGAUAAAAUGCAAGGACAGAAAAAAGUAGUUCAGAGCCGUAAUCACACGUGCUGCAAGGAAUUGUUAGUUUCUUCGUAUCCUGGGAUGAUAGUAUGGUGUCUCUAGUUGGGUAAAAUUUUUUAUAUGGUUAUUUUUAGGCGACACAUCACAUUGCAUUUUAAUUUACUCCUGUUGAUUCAUAAUUACUAAUGAGAAUUUAAGAUUUUAAGUUUCAUUUUAACAAAUUGAAUUUGACAUGUUGGUAAUUCUUUUUCAGGGCAAAUGCUCAGCAGCCAAAGCUUUUUGUUGGAAUGAUUCUCAUCCUUAUUUUUGCUGAGGCUUUGGCGUUAUACGGUCUCAUUGUUGGCAUCAUCCUCUCUUCUCGUGCUGGCCAAUCCAGGGCUGAUUGAUAUAAAACUUCAUGUUGGAUGGGGUUCGCAACCACAGAUUGUGAAUGUUACAGUGGAGUCCGGCUGGGUAAUGUUUGUGUAACUGCUGCUUUGGCUUGCUCAUGUGAGUCUAUCUAUGUUUGCAUCAUAAAACUAAGGCUGUCCAGUAAUAAUGUCAGUCAAACUUUUCCCAGGCCGAAAUUUUUUAAUUAUAUGCUCAAUCCAAACUAGAAUAGAGAUCUCCAUAAUAAGACAGAUGUAUGUUUUGAUUCCAUUUACUUUCAGUGUUUUUUCUA